AUGACCAAUGAAAGCAGUAUUGCAUUGGGUAUGGGUUUCCGUUGCGGUUUCCUCGGACUCUUACACAUGGACGUUGUGCUGCAACGUGUCGAGCAAGAGUAUGGUCAAGUAGUCAUUGCCACACCACCCACCGUCACAUACCACGUAGCUAUGAAGGAUGGCACCAAUCGUUGGAUUGCCAAUCCUGCAGACUAUCCUCCAUCCGAGUAUAUUGACCAAACCACCGAGCCAAUGAUUCACGCCAAGAUUGUUGCACCCAACGAUUACUUUGGAUCGAUCGUCACACUUUGCAUGGACAGUCGUGGUGUACAAACCAACCACGAGACUCUUGAAGGCAACCGUAUGCGUCUAUCAUUCACAUUCCCACUCUCAGAGAUUAUUACAGAUUUUUACGACAACCUCAAACGUAUUUCAAGUGGUUAUGCUUCACUCGACUAUGAAGAGGCUGGCUAUGAACCAACCGAUGUCGUCAAGGUAAAGAUCCUCCUCAAUGGUGAAGAGGUUGACUCGCUCUCUUCGAUUGUACAUAGAUCGAGGGCUACCCAUCAUGGACGUGCCCUUGUGAAACGUCUCAGAAAGAUUAUCGAUCGACAAAUGUUUGUUGUUGCCAUUCAAGCAUCGAUUGGAAAUGAUGUGGUGGCACGUGAAACUAUAUCUGCCAUGCGUAAAGAUGUCACUGCCAAAUGCUAUGGUGGUGAUAUCACGCGUCGUCGUAAAUUGUUGGACAAACAAAAAGAGGGUAAAAAGAGAAUGAAGCAAAUGGGUUGUGUCGAAUUAUCGCAAGAAGGUUUCUUAAAAUUAAUGAAGAAUACAAAUGAAGAGGAUGAUUAA